ACGCGGAAACAAAAUAUGAAAUAUCCUAAAUUCCAUGGAGUCUCAAUCUCAUCCUUAUAAAUAUCAUCAAAACUACAACCCUUUUUAACGCGGAAACAAAAAACUAAGAACGGUUCCAUUUGUUUUCAUUGUCUAGAAGAGAAGAAGAAGAAGGAUGUGUUUGGUGUUCGUGUGUGAUCAGGACGAGAGGGUGAUCGGAAGGUACGCAGCUCCUGGAGCGUGUCCGUACUGCGGAGGAGCGGUUCAAGUGGUUGACGUAAAUAGCCAGUGGAGAUUCUGCUUCGUUCCUCUCUCUAAUAAAUCCAAACGUCGUCAUCUCUGUUCCACUUGCGGCAAACGACUCAUCGUCCAUGGCUGAAAACAAAACUCCCACCUCAUACGAGAUCAUUUCUAUAUGUACAUAUAUCCAAAUCUCUGACUUGCUUUGUGUAUCGUGUUUCUAAACGUUUGUAAGAAAAAGAAAAGAACAUGUCUUCUCUUUUAUGAUUUCUCUGUAUAUGUAUGAAUCAUGAUUAUGAAAAUGAGAAUUUUAAGAAAUUGGGAUUUUGGAGAACAAGAA